AUGGGCACCACUCCUGCUGCAGGAGGCCAGGUUCCUGGCGUGGUCACCGCAGAGAAAGUGUGGCAGAGCUUAUCUCUGAGAGGCCACGGUCCUGACUGCAGGAGGGCCCAGAGCAAAGCUACUAAGAGGGCCCGAGCCACCAGGAGGAACCUGCUGCAUGUCCCCUACGGAGACGGCGAGGGGGAGAACCUGGACAUCUACUUUCCCGAGCAAGUGUCUGAAGCCUCGCCUUUCUGUGUGUUCUUCCAUGGCGGGUACUGGCAGAGCGGAAGUAAAGAUACAUCAGCCUUCAUGGUCAACCCACUAACAGCACAGGGAGUGGCCGUGGUGAUAGUGGCUUAUGACAUAGCCCCCAAAGGUACCCUGGACCAGAUGGUAGACCAAGUGACCCGGAGCAUCGUGUAUAUCCAGAAGCAGUAUCCACGCAAUGAGGGGAUUUACCUGUGCGGACACUCAGCUGGGGCCCACCUGGCCGCCAUGAUGCUCCUGGCCGACUGGACCAAGCAUGCAGUCGCCCCCAACCUCAGAGGCUUUUUCCUGGUAAGUGGGAUCUAUGACCUAGAGCCCAUCGUGUUCACCUCUCAGAACGGCCCUCUCCUCAUGACCCUGGAGGAUGCUCGGAGGAAUGGUCCACAGCAGCUCCUGGAGGCGGCCCUGACGCAGCCCGUGGAUCCCGCCUGCCACGUGCUGGUGAUCGUGGGCCAACACGACUCCCCCGAAUUCUCCCGACAGUCCAGGGAAUUUUAUCAGACACUGCGCAGAGGAGGAUGGAACGCCUCGUUUGAAGAACUCCACGAUGUGGAUCACUUUGAAAUCAUCUGGAAGCUAACCCAGGACGACUACGUGCUCACCCAGAUGAUUUUGAGAACAAUCUUCCAGGAGCCCUGA